AGUAAAAGUGACGUUCAUACGAGCAAGUGGAGAAAGAAUCGAAGCGAAAGGAAAAAUAGGAGAUACGCUCUUAGAUAUUGUUGUGAAUAACGAAAUUGAUUUGGAUGGUUACGGUGCCUGUGAAGGGACGCUGACAUGUAGUACAUGUCAUUUAAUAUUUCCAAAGGCUGUUUAUGAUAAAUUACCUGAUAAACCGACUGACGAGGAGAACGAUAUGUUAGAUUUGGCCUCUGGAUUAACGGACACAUCUCGACUCGGUUGUCAAAUAGUUCUAACGAGCAACCUGGAUGGACUCGAGGUUAAAGUUCCCCCAACGCUGUAUGACGCUCGAAGCUGAGAAGAAUUUAAUAAAAAUAAUUAGUAAAAAUGGAAUUCAGUGAUCACCAGCUCCUGAAGCGAUUGAUGACGAGUGGUUGGCCUUACCUGCAUGAUUGACACCUGAAUUGAUAAGUUAUUUUUAUCAGAUGUAAAUAAUAGUGCAAAAACACUGAUCAAGUCUUCAGCGUUACUAUUCGACGAUCAAAAAUAAACAGUCGUUGCAAUUGCGAAAGCAUCACUACAUUAAUGAGUAAUUGAGAAAUGAAUAUUUUUUUUGUAAUAGUAGGAAUAAAUUGAACAUUUAUUUUACUGUUUAAAA